GUUCACCUCUGCCCGAGCUCUCACAUUUGUUUUUGACCGGUGGUGCUCGGCAACGAACUCUGGUUGGAAGGGCGACGAAGGUAGCCCACAAUUUUCGCAACCGCCCUUCAAAACCAGAACAAACAAACCAACAGCCACAAAGCUGAAGUUAUAAACUAACCAAACAAAGCAACCAUGUGUGAACACGAAGUACGAACCUCUUUGGACGGCGACAGUCCUCCUACAAUCAUCCGACGUCAAGUAUCUGAUUUGGGCAUGGAAGAUCCCGUCAUGCUGCAAACUCGUCGACGCGGCAAGAAGAAGAAUGCCGCCGAAAUUGACUCCACGGCGUCCACGUGUGGCGCAGCCGCCGCUUCGGCCGAGUCUUCAGCCGUCGAGCAAACCGAAGAAGAAGAAGAUGAUGAUGUGGAGAUGGAUUUGGAAGAACUCAUGAGUUCGUGUCAACAAGAUCGCAGUUGUGUGACGCGCACAACGUCUGUGUCAUCGGGAUCUCGCGGUGGUUCCAUGGCAUUGCGCGCCAUGUCGGACUCGUUCAACAACAGCAGUUUCAACAGUGCGGGCAGUAGUGGCACAGCAUGCCAGGGCAGCAGUCAAGAUUUCAGCAGCAGUCAUCACGAAGAUUCCUUUAGCAAUCAUUUGGGAGAGAAUGCACCAGCUACACCCACAGGCACUGGCCGCGUGGGACGCAAAUUGCCAGCGCGCUCGGGAUCGGGAUAUGUUCGAGGUGUCGGUGCCGCCAGUAGUGGGAGUGCUUCGCGACGUGCCAGUUUGCGCAAAUCCAGCACUAAUGGAUUGGCAACCGCCGCCGUGGCAUUGCGAGAAAAGCGUCGCUCGCGGGGCAGUUUGACGACACAAUUGGCCAGGCGGCCGGGACGAAGUGAACAGCAAUAAACAAAACAAACGAAUGAUGAUGAUGUUCCUAUAAAAAUCAAGAGAUCAUGCAUUCUGUGGAAAAAAAGGAAGAAUGCAGUCAAUUUUUAGAGACUUUUUACAACGCUUAGCUAAACUUAUCAUUAAUUAAGAAGCCAUCAAACG